CACAGUACGGAUAUUAUCUCACCACAAAGAUCAAUGUUGUAUAUGCGUCUGUGACGAAGAAUUGUUGCACUGUUAUGUUAUUCUAGCAUUAAUUUCCAUGGUCUUCCUCCUCCAUCUUCCGUUAUCAACUCACAACUGCACUGCAUCAAGCGCUAAAAUGCGCCAUGAGCGACUAGUGCUCACAUCCGAUACGCAUCUCGAGGACUGUUGAAUCGGACGGCCAUGGCUGGAUGGAUAUCAUCGAAGCUCAAAGUUGCAGAAACCUUACUUCAACAGAUCGAUCAGCAAGCGGCAGAGUCUCUGGGGAAGAACGAGAGGCCGCAAUCAGAUGAACUUGAUGAGAAGAUUCCCGCAAAAUCUGGAGGGGUUCUGCCUCUGAAAGAUCAGCUGAAGAAAAAAACACAAGAAAGCUAUGAUUUCCAGGGGAAAUUGCACAGCGAUCCCAAUGUCAAUGUGCUUAAUAGUCAAGAUCGGGACAAAGAGGUUACGAGUCCAUCAAAACCUUUUUCGAGCCCUAGGUCUAAUCUUACGGACAGUGACUGGACUGAACUCCUCAGCACGCAUCAAGAGACCCCAUUUGGGGCGAAUCGGACUAAUGGAACGUCUGGGAUUCGUGGUCUGCGGAAAGAUGGGCGGAGGCAGGCGAGUUCAGGUUUGAAUUUGUCAGGACUGGAAGCGAAGAGGAAUUAUAGGAGUAAUAAUAGUGCUUCGAAGCCUCAGCGAAGGUCUGAUGUUGGACCAGGAAAUAGAGAGAAUGCAGGUGGAUUGGAUAGGAAAUUGAGUGAUGAGAAAGAGUUGGGACGUUCAGACUCAGUGGAUAGAACAUCGAGGGCUGAGUUGCGAAAUGAUGGUAAGUAUGUGGAAGCACAAGAAUCGGAACUUGUGAUGGCGGUGAGAGAUGACGCGAAUCCAGAAAGGAGUGUUGAGGAUGGAAGGAGGAUUAUAUCUAAGGGGCAUUCGGUUGAUAAAAAUCAUCCUUUGGAAACAAAAUUGGUGGCUGAAAGAGGUGAUAGGAUACCUGAUAUGAAUAAGUCAGUCUCUCUUGAGUUGAAAGGAACUACUUCUGUAAGUGAUGAAAGGUCUGAUUCAGAUACAGACUCUGCUUCCUCGUCUGACUCAGAAAGUGAACGCAUCAGGGAGGAAAGGAAAAGGAGAAGAAAGCAGAUUCUGGCCGAGAAACAGGCAGCUAAAGCUGUUGCGGCAAUCAAAGAACGCGAGAAUAUGGUGGCAAGGUUGGAGGGGGAGAAAGAAAGCUUAGAGAAAAUACUUGAAGAGAGAGAGAAACAGCAAGCACAAGAGGCUUCAGAACUCCAGACAACAAUGAUGGAAACAAUGGAAGCUGUUGAGUUAGAGAAGCAGAAACAUAAUAAUACUAGAAUGGAAGCCCUUGCAAGAUUGGCUAAGCUUGAGACUGUCAAUGCUGAACUUGCAAGAUCCCUGGCUACUGCCCAAUGGAAUCUUGAAGUAGAGGUUAAUCGGGUGGCAGAAAUCCGGCAACAAAUUGAAUUGAAAGAAGUUGCCCUUGAAGAACAAAGGAGGAUCUCCAAUGCUCAUCAGAUGGGAACCUCUCUAAGCCAUUUGGUGGCUGCAAAAGGAGUUGAAUUUGAGAAAGAGAUACUUGAGGCGGAGUACUCUUUCAUUACUGACAAAAUUGGACGGUUGCAAGACAAGGCAAAGAAGCUGGAAGCAAACAUUGAAAUGACACGGAAGGAGAUGGAGAGUCCAACAGUAGUAGAAGUUGAGCUCAAAAGGAGGCUAGGCCAGCUGACUGACCAUUUAAUUCAGAAACAAGCCCAGGUGGAGGCUCUUUCCUCGGAGAAGGCAAUGCUACUAUUUAGAAUCGAGGCUGUUUCAAGAUUGCUGGAAGAAAACAAGUUGUUACUCUCGUCCAGGGAUGAUCUGGAGUCGGGAUCAUGGGAUAUUUCUGAUUCAAAGCUGAAGCCUCUAUUGGAAGACAGAAUUCGAUCUGGUGGGCAGCACUUCUGGUCGUUGAUGCGGCAGUUGGACACAAUUUUUUCUGCAGGUGCUGUGUUUCUGAGGAGGAAUUCAACGGCUAAAUGGUGGGCUUUGUUUUACCUUGUAAGCCUUCAUUUGUGGGUUAUUUAUAUACUUACGUCACACUCCGAAACAACAGUGGAGACGAGAUCAGGUGCGGUCAUGUCCCUGGGGAAUAUCAAUAACACAGGUGGUGUGUGAUUGUGUUUUUAUAAGGGGCCAUGUUUUUCUUUAUCCAUUUGUUCUGCCUCAGCAUUUAAGAGGUCUAUAGAUGUGGUCUGUGCAGUUUUUUUUGGCCUGCCCCAACUAUAAUAGAGAUGUAAUAUGUACCUUUUAUUUCUUAUAAGUGCAAAAAAGCAGCCUCUUUUACAAUAAGACAACGUUACCCUCUUUUCUUUCAACAAA